AUGCCUGUCCAGGAGGCCACUCUUCAUGAGCUGCUGGAGAAGCGUAUUGAUUGUCUGGCUCAAGCCAAGACCGGAACUGGAAAGACUGUCGCCUUUCUCCUUCCCGCUAUCCAGACCUUGAUCAACAAGAAAAGGUCUCGCGGAUCUGGAAUCUCUCUUUUGGUUAUCUCUCCCACCCGCGAAUUGGCCAUGCAGAUUGCACAGGAAGCGUCAAACUUGCUCCAGCGUCUUCCCCAGUUCAAGGUUUGCGUUGCCAUCGGUGGCACCAACAAGGACAAGGAGGAGCGCGACAUUCUUAGAGGAGAUGGCUGCGACAUUCUCAUUGCCACGCCUGGUCGUCUUUAUGAUCAUCUCGGAAACCAGCAAAUCAUCCAGUCCUUCCGCGAGCUUGACACAUUGGUUCUGGACGAGGCUGACAGAUUGUUGGAUAUGGGUUUCAUGGAGGACCUUAAGAAAAUCAUCAGAUGUCUUCCUGACAAGGAGCAGUCGAGGCGCCAGGGAAUGCUCUUCUCGGCCACUAUCGCACCUCACGUCCAGCAGUUCGCUCAUCUUGUUCUUGCAUCUGGUUACAAGUUCAUCUCCACCAUUCCCGUCGGCGAAGCUCAAACUCACGAGCGCGUACCACAACUUCUUGUGACUGUCGAGUCUUGGGGCCAGGUUGUCCCCGCCAUGGUGGCAUCUAUCCAGUCAGAGUGCAAGCUCAUCGGUAUUGCCGAGUUCAAGGCCAUCGUUUUCGCGCCCACCGCAGCCCUCGCCGACUUUUACAACGACGUCCUCUCAAACAUUUCCGGUCUACCCCGCUCAAAUGUUCUCCACGCCAGAGUCAGCCAGUCGCGCCGUACAAAGGUGACCAACGACUUCCGAGAGGCCAGCAGCGCUAUUCUGGUCGCUACUGACGUCGUCGCUCGUGGUCUCGACUUCCCUGGUGUCUCGAACGUCUUCCAAAUCGGUCUCCCUGCAGACAAGGAGUCCUACAUCCAUCGUCUGGGUCGUACAGCACGUGCAGGCAAGGAAGGCAGAUCCAUCUUUAUUGUCACUGUGCCCGAGGCUUUCUUCCCCCGCUACACCCUCAAAGCCAUCACAUUCGAGGUUUCAACCCCUAACUUUGCACCUGUCACACCUCAGGUCGAAGCCAUCGUCAACAAGUACGAGGCCAAGGGCAAGACCUACCAAGCAUGGUUAGGCUUCUACAAGGCUCACGCUAGAGCCAUGAAGUGGAACGACGACCAGCUGGUCGCCGAGGCCAACAAGUUCGCCAUCGAGGCUCUGGGCUGUGAUGAGAUUCCUGGUCUGGAGAGAAAGACGGUUGGAAAGAUGGGCUUGAAGGGCGCAAGAGGUCUGAACAUUGUGGCCAACUUGCCACAAAAGUCGAGCGGAGGUCGCGGCGGCGGUCGUGGCGGUCGUGGUGGCAGAGCUCCCGGUGGCAGGUAA